AUGGGCUGGCUGAAGGAUUUCGAGGAAAACGGUUUCGCGGUGAUUGAGAACGUCUUCACGGACAGUGAGCUCACAGAGAUGAAAGAUGAAAUCGAUCGUGUGAUCACAGCGAUCGAUUUAAAAGAACAUCCAAAAAGCGUAUUUUCAACGCUCGAUGAGGACAAACACGCUGCUGAUGACUACUUCCUCAACAGCUCCGACAAGAUUCGUGUGUUUUUCGAAGAGGGAGCUCUCGACAAAGAAGGGAACCUGCUCACUGAGAAGCACAAAGCAUUCAACAAAAUCGGGCAUGGGCUCCACCUAAAGAACCCCGUCUUCAAACGGAUGUCAUUCCACCCAAAAAUCAAGCAGCUGGUGAAAGAAAUACACUACGAAGAGCCUAAAAUCGUGCAGAGUAUGUAUAUCUUCAAGGUACGUUCACAAAUUUGCUCUGAUCGUAAGUUGGACGUUCACCAGUGA